CCGGCCGCUGCUGUCCUGCCUGGUCGGGGGCGCGGGCUGCCUGCUGGCCCUGGGGUUGGAUCACUUCUUCCAAAUCAGGGAAGCACCUCCUCAUCCUCGGCUGUCCAGCGCCGCGGAGGACAAAGUGCCUGUGAUCAGACCCCGGAGGCGGUCCAGCUGCGUGUCGCUCGGAGAGACUGCCGCCGGUUACUACGGCAGCUGCAAAAUGUUCAGGAGACCGUCGCUGCCUUGUAUCUCCAGGGAGCAGAUGAUUCUUUGGGAUUGGGACUUAAAGCAGUGGUAUAAACCUCAUUAUCAGAAUUCUGGAGGUGGAAGUGGAGUCGAUCUUUCAGUGCUAAAUGAGGCCCGCAGUAUGGUGUCGGACCUUCUGAUUGACCCAAGCCUUCCCCCACAAGUCGUCUCUUCCCUACGGAGUGUCAGUAGCCUGAUGGGUGCUUUCUCAGGUUCCUGUAGGCCAAAGAUUAAUCCUCUCACACCAUUUCCUGGAUUUUACCCCUGCUCUGAAAUAGAGGACCCCGCUGAGAAAGGAGAUCGGAAACUUCACAAGGGACUAAAUAGCAGGAGUAUUUUACCGACUCCACAGCUGAGGAGGAGCUCAGGCGCUUCAGGGUUGCUACCCAGUGAUCAGUCUUCAAGGUGGGAACGCAGUAAUGGCAAAAGGCUUCACCAAGAAUUUGGCAUUUCAAGUCAAGGAUGCCAUCUAAAUGGUCCUUUUAGUUCAAAUCUGGCAACACCAAAGCAAAGGUCAUCUUCUGUAUCAUUGGCUCACCAUGUAGGUCUAAGAAGAGCUAGUGUUUUACCCAGCCUGAGUCCUGUAAAUUCUCUCAGCCCUGGAUCGGUGUCUGCUGGAUCUCUAACUAAUCGCUCACCCACUGGGUUCCCUGAUACUUCUGAUUUUCUUACUGACCUACACAGACCCCUGGGCAAGGCACUCAUUUCUCCAGAUUUCUGUCAACAGCCUAGAAAUUCUGAUAGCAAUCUGUGUAACAACUGUGGACACCGAUUGGUUUCAGCACCUGCAUCAGAUGGUCCAGAAUGCCGCAGUGGAAAAUCCGGUGAAGAAGAAAACUCUGUCUUCUCAAAAGAAUCAUUCAGCCCUAUGGAAACUCAUCAAGAAGAUGAAACAGAGAAAAGAGACUAUGGGUUAUUUUUGGAAGGCGAGAACCACCUAACUGAAGAGGCACAGAAUGAGCAGCAACCAAAUAUUGAACAGGAAACAUCGCUGGACCUGAUUUUAAUAGAAGAUUAUGACUCAUUAAUAGAAAAGAUGAGCAAUUGGAAUUUUCAAAUUUUCGAACUUGUGGAAAAGAUGGGAGAAAAAUCAGGAAGAAUUCUCAGUCAGGUUAUGUAUACCUUAUUUCAAGACACUGGUUUAUUGGAAAUAUUUAAAAUCCCCACUCAACAAUUCAUGAACUAUUUUCGUGCACUAGAAAAUGGCUAUCGAGAUAUUCCUUAUCACAAUCGUAUACAUGCCACAGAUGUCCUACACGCAGUCUGGUAUCUGACAACACGGCCAAUUCCUGGCUUACAGCAGAUCCAUAAUGAUCAUGGAACAGGAAAUGAAGCAGAUUCUGAUGGUGGACUUAACCCUGGGCGCAUUGCUUAUAUUUCUUCAAAGAGCUGCUCUGUACCAGAUGAGAGCUAUGGCUGCCUGUCUUCAAACAUCCCUGCGCUAGAAUUGAUGGCUUUGUAUGUGGCAGCUGCCAUGCAUGAUUAUGACCACCCAGGGAGGACAAAUGCAUUUCUAGUGGCUACAAAUGCCCCUCAGGCAGUUUUAUACAAUGACAGAUCUGUUCUGGAAAAUCACCAUGCUGCAUCAGCUUGGAAUCUAUAUCUUUCUCACCCAGAAUACAACUUCCUUCUUAAUCUCGAUCAUGUGGAAUUCAAGCGCUUUCGGUUUUUAGUCAUCGAAGCAAUCCUUGCCACAGACCUUAAAAAGCAUUUUGAUUUCCUUGCUGAAUUCAAUGCCAAGGCCAACGAUGUAAAUAGUAACGGUAUAGAAUGGAGCAAUGAGAACGACCGCCUCUUGGUGUGCCAGGUGUGCAUCAAACUGGCAGACAUAAAUGGUCCAGCCAAAGUCCGAGACUUGCAUUUGAAAUGGACAGAAGGUAUCGUCAAUGAAUUUUAUGAGCAGGGAGAUGAAGAAGCAAAUCUUGGUCUGCCCAUUAGUCCCUUCAUGGAUCGUUCUUCUCCUCAACUAGCAAAACUCCAAGAAUCUUUCAUCACCCACAUAGUGGGUCCUCUGUGUAACUCUUACGACGCUGCUGGCUUGCUGCCAGGUCAGUGGAUAGAAGCAGAAGAGGACGAUGACACUGACAGUGGUGAUGACGAAGACGGGGAAGAAUUAGAUACUGAUGACGAAGACAAUCUAAAUCCUAAACCGCAAAGAAGGAAAAGCAGAAGGCGAAUAUUUUGUCAGCUAAUGCACCACCUCACCGAAAACCACAAGAUAUGGAAGGAAAUCAUAGAGGAAGAAGAAAAAUGUAAAGCUGAUGGAAAUAAACUGCAGGUGGAGAAUUCUUCCCUACCUCAAGCAGAUGAGAUUCAGGUCAUUGAAGAAGCAGAUGAAGAAGAGGAAGAGCGACAGUCUGAUUAAAAGAAGAGUCAUACUGAAGCAGCCCAGAGGGCUGGGCAUAUGAUCAGAACUCGUCGCUGGUGUUCACUGUGCUGACUUUCAACUGCCCAUUCCCAUGUGGAGAGGCCUUAAUACUGUGAGAGGAUUCUUGCUGUGCUGGCAGUUUCCCAGUCCUAUGCACUUUCAUCCCAUGAACUAGAAAAUUCUUCUUAAAUCUAGGCUUGGGUUGACCCCAUGUUGCAAAGCCCUCACUUAAAGCCUUCAGUGGCAUAUACUUUGUCAUCAUACUGCUUUGCUGGGUAGUGAACUCUUCCCUUACAUGGGGUAGUAGCUAUAACGAGAAAUGCAAAGUGACCAAAGUGGCCAGAACUUUUUGAUUUCAUGAAAACAGAAUUCAUAUUGUAUUUCUAAAUGUCUUCUAUGUCUUUCAAUGUUUUGGGAAAAAAGUCUGUGCCUAUCUGAAGAGAAAUCUGCUGUUGCCUUUCUGAGGGAUCCUUGCUCAAUGCAAUACACUGUUCAGUGCUAUUCUCCCAGCUAGGUUUAUCCAUCGAAGAACUAAGUGACCUUUGUUAUAUUUAACAAAUUCCAGGUGCAUCAAUUUCUGAUGCUUUUUAUUGUGUAUUAUCUACUACGUGUUUUAUUUCUGCUUGGAGUAUUCAGGUGUGCCGUGGACAUCAGAAGUCUGAAUUCCAGUCUUAAUGACUUUGUGUUCCAUGGCUGAAUUUUAAAGCUGUUUAACAAUGAAGGAAUUUCAUUCUUUAGUCAAAACUGCUCUUAUUUUUACUCUUGCUCAGGAUUAGUGUUUUUAAACAUUUAGUUAAUUUAAACACAAUGCAGAUUUGUCAGAAGAAAAAAAUUUGACCUACUAAUGAUGUUAACCUUUCAUGAAAUAAGCAUAUUUUCUCUUAGGUGAAUUUGAGACUAAUUAAAGCCAAGGAAAAGAAGAUGUUUGUCUUUUGCCUUCACGCAAAAUCAAAUGAAACUAAUCCCAUCAAAGAUAAAGAACAAGAAAUACCAUGAGCUCUAAAGGACACACAUUGAAUAAAUAGUUGGAAUACGUGGUUAUCUUUAGAUCUGUAUCAUAGGUGUCCUGUGUUUGGUUACUAUAAAACUGACAAUCAGUUUUCUUUGAACCCCCUGCCUCAAGACUAUAUGAGAGAAAUGACCUAUCACUACUCUAUAAUCCUUACAGCCUAAACGCAAGACUGAUUUCUGAGAUGUGAGGGGAAUACGUAAUACGUAAUUUUUAUAUAAAAAAAUUAAAUAUUUUAGUAGAUAAUUUCACACAAAAGCACAUUCAUAAAUGACCACAUUACUAAGAUCAUUGAGAAGCAAGUGGAUCAUAUUUUAACUGUCUGUUAAUGUGUUAGGGUGCUGAUGUGUAUCCAAGUUGUGAAAAAUACCUGAAGCUAUAAAGAGUAGCCAAAAUAUAGCAAGAUAGUAAACUAAUAUUUUCCAAUAUUCUUGGAGGCUAUAAUCAUAUUUUGGAUCCAUGCAGUUUUGUAGGCAGCAAAACCAUUCAUUUUCCAAGGUAAUUCCUUUGAAGUAUUGUCUGACUGUGUGCUCUGUGGGAUCAAAAAACAAAGCAGAUAAUUCCAAAAAGGACUUGCUAACAGCUUACUAUUGGAGGGCAGCUUAGAUCCGAGAGGCGUUUCCAGUGGAGGUUGGUUCUCACUACACAACUGCAGGUCUGGCCCUCUCCUGCUGGCCAUGCUGCUGCUGCUCACUGAUGCCCCCAACCACAGCGCUGCUCCACCCUCUCCCAGCCAGCUGGAACUUUUAAGGGGCUCGCUGAACAAUUGGGCCAAAACCUGGGAGGAAGAUGGUGGAUAUUCAGGUCUCCAGUUUUUCUAGUGUUAAGGGCCAGGAAGCUGGGUAUCUCGGAUAGGGGGUCUGAAUGAGCGCCCCAGGAGAUGACUUUGAAGUGCAGUGGGAGAGGGGAAGAGCACAUAGAUGGCAUCUGUGUGGUUCUCUUAUGCACUCCCAGAGGUAUGAUGCUUGCCUACCUAGAAUAUUUGGUUUAUCUGAAAUAUAUCAAAGCUCUACGGAAGUGUUGGAAUUUUUUGAUCCUGCAUAGUAUCGUAAUAUUUAAUGAAUAACUAAGCUUUAUUUAUUAGAAAUGUUGAGUGCUGAGUUCCCUCCUGACACUUUUGCUACCAUUGUCACACCAUUUGUAAACCCCAUCUCACCAUAUAUUACCAAGUAAUAAAAUUGUAACUGAUAAUUUA